CCGCACGUGGCCGGGCUGUUCAUGCCGCCCCUGCGCUUCCACGGCUGGUUCGUCGCGGCCGCCAGCACCAUGGCCGGCCUGCUCGUCGCCAAGCACGCCCUCAUCUGGCAGGCACAGAGGAAAGGGAACCUGGCCAACUUCAUCGAGUUUCUGGCCUCGUUCAUCACGCUGAGCUUCGACUCGCUAGUGUUCCUCCUGUGCAACUGUGCCCAGGACAAGCUCCACGAGGUCAACACACGCCUGGGGGACGUCGACAACGUCGUCCCGGAGCUGCGGCCGCUGGUCCUGGAGUCGGCCGCGCGCCAGUACGAGCUCACCGCGGACCAGGUGGGCGCGCUGGGUACCGCGGGCGCGAUGGGCGUGCCGCUGGCGUGCAACUCGGUGAGGCACCGCGUCAAGCUCGUCACCGACUCGUUCGUCGUCUACCGCUCCGUGGAGAACUUCGGCACGCAGCACGCCGGCACGCUGGCCGCGCUCUGCAUGAACCUCGCGAACGGCGCCAGUCGCAUCGUGGCGCACUCCAUGGCGGGCGACAUGCUCUACCAGGAGUCGAAGAGAACGCUGUCCGUGCUCGGAGCGGUGGACGCGAGCCGCUGGCCCGAGAGAGAGAUUCUUCUGGUGGAGCGCAUCCUCCGCAACAGCAAGCGCGGCAUCAGCCUGUCGAUGGGCGGCCUGGCGACCAUGGACCACGGCUUCUUGCUCUCGGUGAUCGGCUCCACCAUCACGUACCUGGUGGUGCUGGUGCAGUACAAGGACCCGGCGCUGCAGUCGGCGCUCAACGCCACCGCGGCCAACGCCUCGGGGGCCCUGCCCCCCUGA